AUGACUUCCAGAGGUCUAAGAGAAGAGAAAAUGGAGCAGUUCCUCUUUGCUUAUGCAAAGAGUGAAGAUAGAUUCGACGAUAAGGACGACAGCAUCGCAGAUCCUGAUUUUGUUCUGGAUUUGGAAGUACCAAUGGAAGUCAAUGAUUUUGAAGAGGUUGAUGGAAUGGAAAUUGACACCAUUAUUAAAAGUAUUGAGAAUUCCAGUAGUACUUCCCAACUACCAGCUCCUUCUGAAACCUUACCUCAGCCAGGACCAUCCUUUAAUCCUAGACCAUCAGGACGUGACGAAGAUUUGCCAACAGAAUUUCUAGAACUUUAUAGUCCAGUACAGUUCUUAUUUAAAAUAUUUUCCAAGGAACUUUUUGAAGAAAUUGCAAGCCAAACUAGUCUCUACAUUGUGCAGAAAGAUACUACCAUACCAUUUCGCGUCACAAGGACUGAUAUCCAGCAAUUUAUUGGUCUGGUUUUCAUUCAUGUCAUUAGUACAUCUUCCAAGAGUAACGAAUCAUUGAAGUGGUGGGUAAGGAACACCUAUAUGAAAGACACAAUGCCUGUAAACAAAAUCGAAAACAUCAUACGAUUUAUUUACUUCAACGACAACUCGGAAAGGUUCCACGAUCAUGUGAACCACGACUGUCUCUAUAAGAUCAGGCCAGUUGUAACAACUAUGAAGCAAAAGAUAAUAGGUUCGGAUAUUUUACCAUUUUCUGUACCUUACCAUGACCAAUGCCUGGUUCCUAUACCAAAGGGUUCA